UAACCAAGUUCGUGUGGCUAAGGUGUAGUACGUGCUGUAUCUUUACUUGGAUUUGCCUCGUCGAACCAAGCUAUCAAUCAUGCCUUAUUUGAGGAUAAGGCCGUGGACCCGUACGUAGUCGUGGUGCCCAGUUGUGUCGGAUGGAUGGAUGUGGCCAGCGCGGCACUUCCACCUUCCUGCUCUCGCCCAGUACGUGCGCCCACUUGACCAUAGCCAAGUUGGCACGUCCUGACAUGCCUGUUCUAGCUAGAUUUUCUCCGGUGCACUGCAUCUUGGCCGGCAAUCAUGUUGGCAUUGCGCAAGUUAGUGCUGGUACCCUUUUUAUCUUCGGUAGGCUGUCGCGUAGAUGCAUUUCAUCCUUGUGUGCUGUGGCUGAGACCUAGUUUCUGAAUGAGUUGGGCGGCACUGCUUUAUAUCCUGUUUUAGACCCAGUGAAAUCCUCCUGGCAUUUGCAUGUUUUAGUGUGACACCUCGUUGCGGCCACGAGUGAUGGUCGGGUAAACGUGUAGCGCCGCUGUUAGUUUCUGAUGAGCUGGGCAGCAGUGCCUAUCUAUCUAUCUAUCUAUCUAUCUAUCUAUCUUUCUAUCCAGUUUGAGACCUCGUAGCAUUCGUUUUAGUGUGAGGCGUGGGUGAUCUUUGUAGCAUCGUCUCUGUGGGUCUGCGUCCGACCACGUACUGUUACCAGUCCUCGCACAAGUAUCCAGCUAGCUCAUACCCAUGGGUCCAUGGCCGACAAGAGCGUGCACUAGCCGCAGCCGAUCGACACGAUCCACGACCCCGGGCUCGCAUCUUCCUUAUCCGGUCCAGUCGCAUCACUGCUCGACCACGACCUGGAGGGGUGACUGAAAUGCGCGUGUGUGGACGUUGGCUGCACCGGUCAAAUGUUCCGGCUGAUCACUCACUGACCCCCCUCCCCUCCCGGGUGGAUGUCCAUAUACGUAGUAGGUACGUACGAUGAGUAUCUCAGUUGAUAGAAUUCUAUAUCCUCCUCCAUCCACCUUGUGCCCAAAGAAUUAUCCUGCUACUCACCUCAGCCAUCUACCAGAAUCAUCCUCUCUCGCAUGUUCCCAUGGCGCCUGGGGCCUUGCCUCUUCGUCUCCGUUCUCGCCGUGGUCUAUACGAUGCCGGCACGGAUGCUCGUCGCGGCGGCGUCCUGCGAGCCGGAGCGAUGCGGCAACGUGACUGUCUCGCCCCCGUUUGGGAUCGUCUCGGGCUCUGAGGAGAACCGGUGCGCGCAGUCCGGGUUCCAGGUCCACUGCACCGACGGCGUCCCCUACCUCGGGUACUACGAGCGCGGGUUCGGGCUGCAGAUCCUCAACAUAUUCUACAUCAAUAGUUCCUUGCUCGUCUCCGACGUCCACAAGCUCGGCGACUUCAAUCUCUCCGGCGAGAGAGGAUGCCACGUACCCAAGGCCAACACCGCCACCAAAACCGGGCCUCCCUUCUCCAUCAGCAGCCUCAACCGGAACCUCAUCUUCUACAACUGCACCAGGGCACCGUCGCUGGAGACGGUGCACCGAGCGGGGCUGGCGGCGACGGUGUGCCGGAACAACACCUUUGUCCGCGCAGGAGGGCGUUACAACGCGACGGGCGUGAUCGCCGGCAGCUACGAUUUGCCGGGCUGCAACGUCACCGCCGUGCCGGUGCUCGGGGCGACUGGGAAGGUGAAUGCCAGCCACUACAUAGAGCUCAUCAGCGAUGGAUUCCUCCUCACAUGGCGGCCGCUGACGCCGAGUGCCGGUAGUGGGGGGAGUACAAGGAUGAAAACAAUUUUCAUAAUAGUUGGAGCAGUACUCGGUGCUGGUGCAAUCUUUCUGUUCGUCUUCUUUGUCUUGCACCAACGAAAGAAGAAGAAACAAGCUAUAGCUUCAAAUGAGUUCAUGCGAAGUGGAUCUUCAAUGACGACAUACAGUAAAGACCUUGAGCUGGGUGGUUCUCCUCAUAUCUUCACUUUCGAGGAACUCGAAGUGGCUACUGAUGGAUUUAGUGCUUCAAGGGAGCUUGGUGAUGGUGGCUUUGGAACUGUUUAUAAAGGAAAACUCAAGGAUGGGAGAGUAGUUGCGGUGAAACGCCUUUACAAGAACAACUACAGACGGGUUGAGCAGUUCCUGAAUGAGGUCGACAUCCUGUCCCGCCUGCUCCACCAGAACCUGGUCAUCCUAUAUGGCUGCACGUCGCGAAUGAGCCGUGACCUUCUCCUGGUGUACGAGUUCAUCGCAAAUGGGACUGUCGCAGACCAUCUUCACGGAUCUCGCUCGGCGGAACGAGGCCUCACGUGGCCUCUAAGACUGAACAUUGCCAUAGAAACAGCUGAAGCACUGGCCUACCUCCAUGCAGUCGAGAUCAUACAUCGGGAUGUGAAGACAACCAACAUAUUGCUUGACAACAGCUUUCAUGUCAAAGUUGCAGACUUUGGGUUGUCGCGCCUGUUCCCGCUCGAGGUCACCCAUGUCUCGACCGUUCCACAGGGCACACCCGGCUACGUCGACCCCGUGUACCACCAGUGCUACAAGCUGACCGACAAGAGCGACGUUUACAGCUUUGGCGUUGUGUUGGUGGAGCUGAUAUCCUCAAAGCCUGCUGUGGACAUGAGCAGGAGCCACAGUGAGAUCAACCUGGCCAACAUGGCUCUCAACAGGAUUCAGAACCAUGAAGUUGUUCAGCUGGUUGAUCCGGAGCUCGGCUACGACACCGACCCCGAAACGAAGAGGACGAUCGACCGCGUGGCUGAGGUGGCCUUCCAGUGCCUGCAGAUGGAGAGGGAUCUGAGGCCGUCGAUCAAGGAGGUGGUGGAGAUCCUGACCUGCGUCAGGGACGGAGACUGUCGGGCUAAGAGCAUGAAGAAGAAGGCGUCUCAGAAAGAGGACGCGCACUUGCUCACGGAGGGCCUGCAGUUUUCGCCUGACUCGGUCAUCCAUAGAUUCCAUAGCCAGUCAACGAACCACUCGGUAGCGUCGAAUGCUAGCGGGUUAUGAUGUGCUUUGUAUUGAUUCUGGAGAAAUAAGGGCGCUGCCCCUGUCGAUCGGAUGAGUUGUAUAUAGCAUAGAGUUUGCUAAUGAGGUGAUUCAUCUUACUACUAAUAAGUACAGGCUCAUGGUUGCAGUAACAAUGCAUUUCUGAGCUUGGCAAUGAUUCAAAUGGUAGGUGUAUGUACUAGGAGCAAAUUUCAGGAUCAGCACUGUAAUAUACAUAUACUCAGUUCAAGUUGACGGAAAGAUUGAAUUCAGAAGUUGAACUGAUCAA